CCAAAAAUUCAAAAUCGGUGAAAGUGUUUACGUCAACACACCACACAAAACAAAAAUUAAAUUAUAUUCAUUAAUUAACAUCUUUUGAAUAUUUAUUACGCGUUCAUUUCUAACCAAUUACGUCAUGUGGACGGGAGGCUUCAUUCUAUUAAUAUUGGCCUUAACACUCCAGGUCAUAGUCUGUGUAAAGCAGCACAAUUUAGAAACAGUAUAUCAGUGGAAACAGCUCGUCUAUGGUUUCCCUACCGAGCAAGAUCGGCAAGAAGCACUAGCCAAUGGUAAUUUAGUACCAGCAAAUGGAAUACCAAUCGAUGUGGCGCCACACCAACAAUCUCAAAAGGGUUCGCGUGUCUUCAUCACAAUUCCCCGAUUUCAAACCGGCAUCCCGUACACGCUGGCCACAGUGAGUGAUAGUAAUGAAGCUAAUGGUCCGGUUCUGAUACCAUAUCCUAACUAUACUUGGCAUAAUGCCAAUGGCGAAGAUUGUAAUAAAAUCACUUCCGCAUUUCGUGUGGCGAUCACAGAGUGCAAUCAGAUGUUUGUUAUUGAUUCAGGCGUAAUCGGAACUACUCAAAACUGUCCGCCACAGCUACUGAUAUUCGAUCUAAAUACAGAUACCUUAGCGCAUCGCUAUCGCUUUGAAGGCAACGUGUACGUGCCGGUGGCUUCACUACUCAUCACUCCACUUGUUGUCGUGCACGAUCCUCCACCAAAAGGCCGCUGCCAACGCCUACAUGUUUACAUUGCUGAUGUCACACAUCAUGGCCUGGUUAUCUAUGACUCGGAGUCGAAUAGCGCCUGGCGUGCCGAGAAUAAAUUCAUGUACCCAGAUCCCGAUUAUGGCACGCACACGAUUGCACGCGAAAGCUUCAUGCUGAUGGAUGGCAUGUUUGCUUUGGCCACGGAUGACCGCCAACUCUACUUCCAUCCGUUGGCCAGCAACAGCGAAUAUGCGGUGCCUUUGAGCGUCUUAAACAAUCGUACAAAUUGGGAUGGCAACAUGGAGGCAAUGCAAAAUGAAUUCCGUAUGGUGGGCAAACGUAGUAGUGAAUGUGCUGCCGAAGCGAUGGACAGUCAGCGGAAUUUAUAUUGUGUCACAUUCAAUCCGAUCAAGUUGAUUAGGUGGAAUCCGUACAAUGUAAAGAAUGAAAUUGAAGUGCCGGCAGAUCCGCGUUUAUUAGAGUUUGUCAGUGGCAUGAAGGUGUACAAAAACGGUUCGGGAAAGGAAGAAUUGUGGAUGAUAUCGAAUCGUUAUCAGAAAAUAGCUGCUGGCACUUUAAGUGACCGUGAAAUUAAUUUUCGCGUUGUGAGGCGGCCGCUGGAUGACAUACAGGCGCAGAACAUUCCCACGCCUAAUCAAGAUCUGAGCCAACGACUGAUCUUCUCUUGAAGUAUUUAACAAAAACAUUUACCUUAUAAGUACAUAUUUAAUGUUUUAUUAGGCCUUUCUUGGCAUAUACUUAAGUAAGCUUCUCAUCUACGUAUAUAUAUAUAUAUAUGUAUAUAUAUAUUAUAUAUAUAUAUAUAAUAAUCAGCCUCAUUGUGUACGUCGCAAAAUAGCCUUAAGCCCACGAUUUGACUGACCUGCAUGGCCUAUUUUCGUGCUGAAAUAAGUAGACGCCGAAAACUAGCCAGUGCUGCCAAGUAUUCCCAUUUUAAUACAGUAUUCGAAUCGAAGUUUUAGCAAUGACAUGUAUUUUUCGAUACGACUUGCAUCCGACAUACACCACGCUCGCAAUGUGGCUAAAUAUGUAUGUUCACCUGGCUAUAUUACUCUGUAAGUAGGUACAUAGUGAAAACAGUGUCAUAACUUCAUAACUAGGGCUGGGAGUUCUAUCCCAGUUUCUAUUUAUUUUUUUAUCCAUAUAAUCCGGAUAUUCGAAUAUCUUAUUAAAAAAUCCGAAUAUCUGGAUAUUAACCAGAUGUGAAUUGGAUAUCCGAUAUCCGGAUUUUAUCUGUAUACACGAAUAUACGAACGGAUAUCCAAAUACACUCGCUGCAAAAAAGAAACCUAAACAAAAAGUUUACUAAAAAUAUCAGAGGUGCGGCAAAAGUAUGGAGCUUAAAGUAUGUUCACAUAUAAAUAUAAAUUCAAUCAAAGCUCAUUUUAUAAAUAACCCGUUUACACAGGCAAAUCUUAGAUUAUUAGCUGUCAAAUUUUUUGUGCUUAUUAUUCUCACAUCUGAAGGAAAAUUUAAGUUCCAUCUCUGUGCCACCGUGAUCGCUUUUUUCUGCUAUAUUAAGCAAUUUAAAUAUAUUUAACUUAAUAUUUGUUUAAAAAUACCUUUACAAACCUCUUUUCUUUGCUAGCGCAUUUUUUUUUUUGCAUUUCUCCUCUUCUUCGCAAAAACAAUCGAUAAAACUAGGUUGGACACCGAAAAGUUAUCGGUUUAAUCUGAGAUUAUUUUAUAAUUACAGAUUAACGAGGGACGAAUUUUGUAUAGCUAAUUUCUUUUUCUAACUACAGAUUAGAGAGUUAAGCUCGAAAAUGAGGAUAAUCUAUUUAUAUGUAGACUUAGUAUUAGGCUUAAAGGCCAAAUUAGAAGGGCCCUAACCAUAACUCCAUAACGAAGCAAAAUACUUCAGAGCUGCUUAUGGUUCUGGCGAAAAACUAAAAUAGAAUAGAUCCGGCUCUGGCGUUAUAAUAUGGCUCUAAUAAUCGUUUACAGAGCUGCGUGUAUGCUUUAACGGAACAUUUAAUUGCUAUGGUUGUGGUUAUGGCUAUGGUAUGGCACCAGUAAUUCAGCCUUCAGGAAGGUUAGUCCUCAAUACUUAUUUAUUUCGGUGGUAGGUAACAAGAUCAACAGAAAUAACGUCAACUGACACUAUUUCCCACAGUGAUGCGAAAUAAAAUCAAUUGACGUGAUUUCCUUUUCAAAAGCGAAAUAAAGUCAACAAAAAUUUGGAAAUUAAGUAAAUGAUGCUAUUUCCUAAUUUAAAUGGAAAUACCGUCAACAAUGCUUAAAGUGGGUCGAUUUAAAGAAAAAAUGCAAAAUGCCCUGAUUGCCUCAAUACAGAAAAACUCUUACAAUAACUUACAAAUAUAAAAAUGUUAAAUAUGUAAGAUAUAUUUAAUAUAUAAAACUUUAAGUAAAAACUAUACUAAAAAUAUAUCUACCUGCGUCACAGCACGGCGGGCAAGGUGACGCACCAGUAUGCGAAAUAGUGUCAAUUGACCUUAUUUCCGUCGAUUUUGUUGCCUGUCACCAUUUGUUUCAUAUAAAAUUAGUUUUGUAAAAAUAGUUCAUAAGAUUUAAAUCAAUAUGCACUUACGUUAUAAAUAUUAUA